GCUUUCUUGUCCUGCAAAAUGGCCCCUAGGCAUACAACAUAAAAAAACCAAAAAAACGGAGGGAAUAAAUUCUUCAAGAAGAAUGAGUUCUAAAAAUCCAAUCAACGAGAAAAACCCCAGAAAAAGGCCUCUCAUCGAAGAAGAUAGGCCAACUACAGUAAUGUGCACUGUUGUGGGCAUUGAUCAUACCGAUAUUAGUUACACAGUUUGCUCUGCUUGUGAAAAAACUCUUCCUGAACCCACCCAUCACAAUCCUUCGCCUGUUUGCAGAUACUGCAGUUUCAGGAAUGCUUUCAAACCUGCUGGUUCCAAACGCCUCUUUCGGGUCCUUAUGUCUAUAGCUACAGAUACAAGGGCUUUAGUGGUUGUGAUGUUUGAUAGGGCUGCUAGGGUCCUCUUUGGCUGCACUGCUGAUGAGUUUUAUGAGUUUGCAAAGAUUCACCCUUCUGCUGCUAUGACUGCAAGCAAGGUUCUUGAUGGAGAGAUGCUAAGUGUGACACUGUCAAAACCAAAAAAUGGAAAUGCGCAGCAUUUGCGUGUUGCUUCGGUCGUGCCAUUAAGCGCCCAUUUUCAGCCUGCAAUUGUGAGCUUGAGGGAGUUUUAUCAAGCGAGAGGCCCUUCUCAGGUGUGUUUUCUUUUUUUCUUUUUUUUUUUGGUAUUUUCUGUAUGCUUCUUUUUCCUGAAGUACAUCAGGCACCUACUUUUGUAAAGCAUUGUUGUAUGCAGCUGUGUAGGACGAAUUAUUUUUUAUUAGUUUAUGUCGAACUUCGGUAUAUCUGUUGUUUCUAUUUGUAAAAGGGUGUAGAACUCUUGAUCUCCUUGGUGGCGUUCUAGUUUGAGGUAAAGAUGAGAAAGAGCAAAAUAAUUGUGUCUGUUCAGGGGAUUUCUAGAGUUGUUGAUAUAGCAUUGUGAUCAAGGUCCAGUUUAAAAUCUCAAGUUGGCGGUAAGUGGGUUGAAAACAGUUAUCGAAUGCUGAUAACCAGCUCUAUAUUCACUGCUGCCUGUGAUUGAUACAUUCUGAUAAUUGCCCAGCAUCAUAUGCCUCAAGAAAUGCCAUUGGGUCAUUGCCCUCCCCCCUCCUUUCUAAUUUCUUUUCCCCCCAUAUCCAUCCCAGCAGAAGUUUAAUCCCUUAUCAAAAAAUCCAGAAAUCUUUGGCUAUAGCAUAAAAUCUUGUCAAUUAGCUGUUUGAAGCUAACAUUACUCUUAUUGAUGGGUAUGUCUGGUAAACUUUAAGACCCUCUCUAAGAUUAAUCUUUUCGGGAGCUGGUUUCCAUAUCGGAAUCCUUGAAGACAUUAUAAAAAAAUGGAAAUUCAUUGGUUCCCACAAAAGCGAAAUUCAUUGUUGAAACUUUUUUUUAAAAAAAACUGUGAUUUUAAUUCAGAUGUACCUUUCAAAAUGAGAAGAUAAUAUGACAGUACACAAAAAGUUUAGAGAUGUAUUUAGUAUGAAUCACAACAUAAGUUUUAGUCUUGUUUUCAAAGGGUGCCCUGGAUCCACUUCUGUAGCAUUACUAGAGAUCUUAGUGGAUCAAAAUAAGCAACAAUAUGAUAUGAUCAUGUUCCGGAAUCAUCCAGUCUUGUACUUCUUUAUGUUCUCAGUCUUGUUAUCAGGACAAAGAUGCACCUUCUUACAUAUUGAUGCUUUCCUUCUUUUUGUUUUCCUGGCUGAUUCUACCUGCAAGAGCAGGGAUGUAAUGACCAGCAUAUGACUGACCAGUAACGUCAAAGUCGUUCUUUGCAUACUCUUGGUGUUUUUUGAAGAAGGCCUUUAUUAAGCAUCAUGGGAAAAGAACUUCUGUGAUCAUAUUUCAACUGCACAAUCUGGACACUGAAGAGUACUAGAAAAAAGAUCCUAGUGAGGAGCCUACCAGCAGAAAGUUGUAUAGAUCAUUGCUGACACCCUUUUCGUCGCGGCGAAUAUCUUUGCCACUAGGGCUGUAACUGAAGCCAGUUCCUAUUGGCUGGUGGACAUAGAUAAUGUUCGAUACCUGAAACAUUUCAUGGAUUCAGCACCUAACUGAAAUGUUGCGUAUUCUCUUCUCUCUGUUUCUGGGAAGGGAAUAUUAUGAAGUCUUGAAGUUUAGUAUGAGAUUUUUGAUUACCUUGUCCCAUCCAAAGCAAUUCCAGGUGAGGGAGAGGUCCUCUAUUAUAUGAAAAGGGCCAUUUUCAAAAAACUAAAGCUAAUUCAAUGUCACAACCUGGUCCUCCAGUUAACCAGAUGACUACAGG